GUCAACUGUGCUCGCUCGUACCAUUUGUGACUGUUGUGUGAUGGAUGUGAAUUGAACUAUGGAGGAGGAGUCGAUGUCAGGGCAUAGCUGUUCCGAAGACGACAUCAGCGUCGGGCGACCUUCGCCGGCGCCCUCGCGAUCGCCAUCGCCGCAAGAUUACUUUAGACCGUUGAAGAGAUUGAAGAUGGCUUCGGAGCCGGUGGAGGAGCGUCGUGGUGAGGGAGUGAAGAGUUUUUCAAUACUGGACAUUUUAUCGCAUAGUCCGAGAACGCCUCCGCGUAUAGUACGGCCCUGGGAUGCGUCGGGUUUCGAGAGAUUGCAGCGGUUGCAGCGCUUGGCUGGAGCGGCUCUACUGGACGGGGAGCGCUGGAGGCUCGCUGCAUUGGGGUUAUUAAGGCCAAGAGAAAUGGCUCCAACGGAGUGCUGUGAUUCAGCGUCCGAAAGGUCAUCGUCAGCGUCAGACUGUUGUUCGGAGCCGAGACGCGCGCCGCAAGGGACAGCUCCUCAUACGCCGUUGGACGCGCUCUUCCACAUGACAAGCAAAACCUUUGAAGCCAAUAGUGCUGACAGUGGAGAUGGUCAGUCAAAUCACCUCAACCUGUUCAACUCGCGGCCACAACCGAAGAAGAAAAGAAAGUCCAGAACGGCGUUCACAAACCACCAGAUCUUUGAGCUUGAAAAGAGAUUCCUCUACCAGAAGUAUCUCUCUCCAGCCGACAGAGACGAGAUCGCUAGCUCCCUCGGCCUCUCAAACGCUCAAGUCAUCACAUGGUUUCAAAACCGACGAGCAAAAUUGAAACGCGACAUGGAAGAACUAAAAAAAGACGUAGAAAGCGCCAAGGUGCUCUCCGCACACAAGAGUUUCCUUGAAAAUGUCACAGACUUGGGCAUCUUGAAGAAGAAAGCUAUGAGCAUAGGCGCAAGUGAGGAGGCAGCUACGAAUUUAGUCGUGAACGCGGGAAAAUGAAACGAGUCGGCGCGAUCCGUCGCGCCUGACGUCUACGAUAGACGUCUACUCGAUUUUUAAGACAAUUCGAAUAAUCGAACAGUGCUUUUCGUUAUAUUUAAAUCGAUUAUAAUCGAUAGAACUUGAGUGCUUCGAACUAGUGGUAUCGAUGUUUUUAUUUAAUCUGUAAAUAUUUAGAGCGCUGUACAAAUAAGUAUAAAAUAAAUGUGAUAGUUGAUUAUUUAAGUACUUAAUUAGAGAGAUACUUAAUUUAUUUAUUAUAUCAUCUGGCAUCAAGGAUUAUGCAAUAUCAAACAAAUUCCCUAUGUUAUCUAAUAUUAUAUCAAUUUAAAAUAAUAAUAUCCCGAAUGUAUGUGAUAAAAAAAGCUUUCUUGGUUUCAUUGAUGUUUCUCUACUUACUGCAGAUGAAAAAAAAUCAAGAAGUUACCAUUUACAUAUACAUUGUUAUUAGCAUAUAGGUGCCUAUAAGUAUUAUUGCAUUGUGCUUAUUAUAAACAAUUCUGUAUAUUAAGAAAAUAACAAAAAUAUGUUUCUUUAUUUUCCUUAUCAUGUAGAUGUUACAAAUGCAUUCGGGAUAUUAUUACCAUUUGUGCAAUAACCAAGUUUCUUUUAUGCCAGAGAUAAUUAACAUAUUUCUUGUAAAUAGUAUUAUGUACAGAGUAGAAAUAGAUUUUGAAUAGAUAUAAGUUAUUAUAAACGGUUGUAGUACAUUCGUGAUUAUUAUAAAUUUAAAUAAAUGAAUUUAUUUGAUUGUCAUAAUAUAUAACAGAAUAAUGGUAGGAACAAUUAAUAAUGUAUGAUAUAUUAUUGUAUUAAAAUUUUAUUUUAAAUGAAAAGAAAAUUAUUUGCUUAGACAUUUACUUAUCAAAUAGAUAUGUAGAGACAAUGGAACGAUUAAUUUAAAUACUAUUCUAUACUUCUUUAAAAUAAUUAAAUCGAUUGUUUGUGUUUAUUUAUUUAAUAUUUUGUUUAUUUUUUGUUAAAGACGUAAAUAUGGUUAAUUUCACACAUAUGAUGACGACAAAUAAGAUUUUGUUUAUAUUAUUCUAACGGUGUAUUUACAUCAAACGAGCGAAUGCCCAUUCUAACCUCACUAUGUCAAAUUAUGUUAGUGUAGGUAAACAGGCGUAGAGCAUUAUUUCGUUGUUCUAAGUACGUUCGAAAAGAUUCUAUGCAAUGUUCUGAUACUUAACAACACUGAAUUCGAGUUUUCAUGCUCUUGCUCUAGCUCUAGCUCUAUGUUCGUUGAUGUAAAUGCACCGUUAUUGUUCCGAGAAUUUGUUCCAUUCUUUGUCUAUUUGAUAAAUAAAUAAAACAAUUAUCAAUUUGUAAAUAAAAUUUAGUAAAUCACUUGAAUUCUGUAAAAAUUGACGUAGAAGAAUUUAUUUUUAAUAAUUUUAUAGAGCUGAUAUGAAAUUUAUUUAAUGUAAUAAAUAUAAUUGCAAGUUUUGUUUGUGCAUAAUAAUUCUGUUAUAAUGUACCUAAUUGAAUAUAAAUGUUAGAUAAUCAGUUUAAAUAAUUAAAAUUGACUUAAUCUUGUUCCUACUAUAGUUACAUCGCACAUGUGUGCAACGCUAUUUGUAUAUUGUUCUGUGUAAAUAAAAUGUAUGU